CACCUUUACCUGGAGGUACACACACCUUCUGACAAAAGGACAGGUUUACGCUGCCUGUGGGGAUGUGUUAGACCCAACGUAUCUACUCCCACUCACGUUGGGCACAGGAGCGAGUGCGAUGGACCAUCCCUCUGUAAUAACGUCUUUACCUGCGACUUGCAGGGUGAGACUUGGAGCACUAGUCCUUCGCUGGACGGUUCUGUGGUUUGCUCUGUGACAGAGCAUCCCUUCAUCCCUGCAGAACGGCAGCGUCUCUUCUUGUUGUAAAUACACAGGGACUUUCUUUGCUGCGGGACGGUGGUAGUUAUGCUGCUUCCCCUUCUGGUUGCAAAAUAAGAUUCAGAAAUCAACAAACAAUUGCAAAAUGGAUUUCCUUUUACUGAGACUUUGGAAUCUGGGUAUCGUUUUGCCAUAGAGUAAUGUUGCUACUCUAGAUAGGUUAACUGCGUGUAUCGUGCAAAUGUACAGGCGUACAAAGUCAUCAGAGGGAAGGGGGAGGUGGAAUCUGUGCUGCAACUCUGGACGUCUCGUCUUUGGUGCCCACUUAAGGCAGUGCUCUCCUCAGAGUCCUUUUUUAGUCACUGUCAAGAGCUGCUUUGAGUUGGAGCCUCCCUUAAACGCACCAGGAGCAUGGGCUGAAAGGUCUCUAGAUUUGCUCUGUCCAUGUUUGGUGACCGGUGCGGCUGCAGUCCUGUGCCAUGCCCAGGGAUUUCAUCGCACUGGGGCUUGCCCCAAUCUGUGGAGAUCACUGUAUCUAGAACUGGCAGUUUCACUGGGCAGAGUUUUAUUACAAAACUUGAUCUUGUUUGACUUGAUUGAGAAGUUGCAAGAAGCCGAUGAGGCCGGCCAGCGUAGGUCAGUGCAGGUUGUGACGGUACCUCUGCUAGAGUUGGUGGUUAUUUAUCGGCAACAGGCAGGAUCUUCGGUACGGCCCAAGGAAUAAGUGAUCUGUUCAGCUGAUGUAACGUGGAGUUUCUUGAAGCUGGCUCAGUAGCAGUCAGCUCCUUUAGGAUGGAAACUCCAGCAGUGCACUGCUCAGUCUGGAUGCUUGGUUUCAUUGUGCUGCUGGCUGAGCAUUAUAAACUUAAUGACUUCAACCUUUCACUUUUGUUUUCCUAAGGAAUCUUCUGUUUACAGGAUCUUACUUGCAAUGCUGUGUUAUACUAGCUUCCUUAAUCUGCUUGCUAUCCCUCCUCCCUUCUCCUUUUGCAUCUCGCUCUGUUCUUUUGUUCUUUCAAAGAACAAGCCUCACAAAAAGCAGUGGAGGGAGGCAGCAAACAGCGAACAAAUCGGCAUUCACAGAUUUUUAAUGAAUUUCUGCAGCUGUGUCUGAAACCAGCAGAGCUUUCUGGGGAAACACAGAUAAGGGAGCCCUGAAAAUAGCCAGGUUAUGAAAGCAUGAAGAAUGGGAAAAACAGCCCUGAAUGUCAAUGCUUCUUGUGCUUCUGAGGUUUCAGUAUAGUGUAAUGUAAAGCAGCUGAUUUUGCCAUAUAUUCGCUGCAUUUCGUUGGGCCUAAGAAUAAAUACGGAGACUAAAUUAUUUGCAACUGAUGCUUUAAUGUCCUUGGUGCUCAGUGGUCAGGGAGCUGAACUGAAUGUUCACGGUUGCUGAUAAAUCAGAAAUGACUGAGCUAAUUUAGGUCAUUUUAAGGGUAGGCGUUUAAACAGUAGUUAAGAGCAGCAAUUUGGACCAACUCUGCUUUUAAGUGUUAAUUGUAUGCCAGAUUGCUGACAUAGGUGUGAUCAAAUUAGUUCCUUGAGUAGAAUGGCAGAAUGCUUGGUCAGGCUUUUAUGCUUAUGAUGGUUAAUGUGUUGUUUUGUCCUACUGUCAGCUUAGCUGCUGUUUUCACUCCAAGAAACAUAAAUACUUUUUUAAAAUCCUUCUGAUAGUAAACAGAUUUUGUUGAGAUGGACAAAAUAUAAUGUUUAAAAGUCUUAGUUUUAAUUUUGAGCCUUAUUUUGGAUAACCUGAGCACACAGGGUGCUUUUCAGGAAGCAGCAAGAUCUGUCAGAGCCGGCGAGCUUUGACCUUUCAGGCAUGAAUAGUAGACUGGGAUGUGCUGCUUGGGGCUGAAAAUGAACACAUUCUAAACCUGAACUUUAUUUAAAAGUCAGCUGAAAUGUUAAGGCUGCGGGCUUCUCAGCAAGCACAAUUUGUUUCGACAGCUUUCUCUCAUAUUUGCAAUUGCAGGUGAAUUUCAUGUGUCCAGCAUUAAAUGUUUAUAAUUUAUAACUGCCUGUAGUAUUUAUUAUCUGACAUUCCCAGCCAGGUAUAUUAAUCAGAAGAAGUUGUAUGCCUAGCAGGAAACUUGGGGAUCAAAAAAUCCACGUCCUUGUGUCCUGCGCACCUCUGCAGAUAGGUCUGGGUCAAACAAUCAUAGACACUUUUAACACCAAGGUUAUUUGACCUCUUCAGUUAAAGGAGUCCAGAGGCUUUUAAAAUAACUUUGUACAGGCUACUCCUGCCUGGAGAUCAGAAUUAACUGUACUUGCAGCUGAUUUUACCUGUGGACAGAUUCUGUAGCUUUUCAAAGGGAUUGCGCAGGAGCCCCGGCAGCGGGUUUCGGGAUGCUGCAGGAGGGAGGAUGCUUCGGAAGCGCCAUUUCCACCUUUCCUUUUCCCUUGCUGCAGCUCACAGCUCCUCUCUGCAGGAGGCCACGAGGGUGGUCGGAAUGAUGUUUUGUCUUGCUUAGAGUCAACGAGUCAUCAGCUGAGAGGGAAAAUGCUCCCAAACUAAAUGUAAAAAGCUGAAUAGCUUGACUUUGAGGAGGAAUCGAUGGGGCCUCGUUUCAGACCUCCAGUAAGCAAGUCCUGUAGGAGCGUUACAGCCGGAGCUUCUUAUCCUGGUGCUCCUCUGCCAUGGACUUGAACAUACUGCCAAAACCUUAUGUGGCAACGCGGCGUUCAUGGCCGUUUUCUAACGGUUCACUUGCAAGAUUUAUUUUACAAGCUUACUUCAAGUUGGGAAAAAUAACGCAAGCUUUAUUGAACCAUUAUUUUCAAAUGUAACUCUUGACUCUGAAGUCUGCAGGAUCUCAGAGUACUGGCUUAAAACGUCGUUUCUUUGAUUCACAGUCUAAAAUAGUUAUCUCCACUCUCCUCCUUGCCUUCCCACCCCAAGAUCUCAGCUGGUGAACAAGUGCCGCCUUCUCAGCCUGAGCACUCGGGGCUCCCAAAGCUCACGUUGGGCAGCAGCUGUAUGCUGAGCGCUGUGGGUGCCGGUGAGAAGGACGUGUUCAGGUUGUCGGUGCUCUUUUCUGUGACUUUGCUUAGCCCCAAAGUCCUUGAUAAUUGCAGAGAUGUGGGCUGCCCAAACUUGCAUCUCCUUUGCCAGCUGACUGAACAGCUAUUGUGCCUAGCUGCGGGCCAAGCUGCUCCGUCGAGGCUGUCGUGUGCUCUUGGCACCAUGACUGAACCAGUUCAGGAGAGUUACUAGUGGUGGUUCUCUGUUUUUUUGUAAUUUACUAUGAGCUGUGCGAUGAGGCAGAGAGGGAAGGAUCUUUGCUUUCCCUUUUAAAGAGUAGUUCUGAGCUACAGACAAGCUCUUCUGCUCUGGGUUUGGGUAUGGUUUCUUUGGUUUAGAAGGGAAAAUAAAGGUGGAAGGAGGGGAAGUGACUCUUACAAAAUUAUCUUAUUUUUUUUAUUUCCUGCAGUAUGUGUUUUUUACUUACAUUAAAUCUUGCAGACUGAACUUCAGCUGUCCUGUGUUCCUCCUUUUUUCCAUCUGUCAAGCAGUUAAAGCUGUGAGGCUGUCAGGCUGAGCCAGCUUGAAGAUGCUUUUGAGCUUUCUUUUGAAGAUUGUUCUGAAGUCUUCUGGCUCUGUAGUUUGAGUUUAAAAAAAUGCACAAGCUGACGUGCACAUGAGCAUAAUGAAAUUUGGAUUCUUUAAUGAGCAUGAGGUAUCGUUGAUAAAGCAGGUGACUGCAGAUGGAGGGUGCUCAGCUAAAGCUGCUCUGUCACGCUUCACAUGCAGAGCUUUAAACUCCUAACCUUUGGUUUAUAGCUGUUAUGUAUAUAACUUACUGUAAAUUAUUAUAGUUUAACCUCUGAAAAAGGUGUUAAAUGAAGAACCUCUAACUGAUCUCACCAGUGCAAGCAAAGCACAGUGUUUCACCAGGUAGCCCUCUGAUUCACAAGCCAUACCAAGUUUAAAAUGAAAAACUUGCUGCCCGCCAACCCCACCGCUUCCCCUGGGAGCUCCAAACGCCCCGACUGUGUGCAGCCACCUUCGGGGAACGCUCCUCUUGUGCCAGCUCUCGCUCCGCGUGGUGGUACCCUGGCUCAGCGUAGCCUGCAGACCUGUCUCGGAGCUGGGUAGCCAUUUCAUUUGCUAGCCAGCCACAGCAUGGGCUGAACUGCUGCCAGGCAAAGCUGCUUGCUCUACAGCACGGACAGACUUGCACUUGCUCUGUUGUGGUUGCUGCAAUUUAAGCAGAAAAUUUUGCCCUGGUGAGGCUGCAAGCUCUUGAUUGUGGGUCGGAGGGGCUGACAGAUGUUGCGGUGGGAAGAACCAAGUGCCCAUAAAAACACUGGGAGACCGCUCUAAACUUUCUUUGACUGGUUUCCUCUGGUUGCCUGUUUUGAAUUUUCUUCUUCACAGUUAAAAUAUUUUUUGUUUUUUAACAUGGUGUCCUGGUUUCAGCUGGGAUAGAGUUAAUUUUCUUACUAGCAGCUGGUAUAGGGCUGUGUUUUGGAUUUAGGAUGAGAAUAAUGUUGGUAACACUAAUAUUUUAGCUGUUGCCAAGCAGUCAAGGACUUUUCAGCUUCUCAUACUGCCCUGCCAAGGAGAAGGGCGGGGGGGAUGUGUGUGCACAAGAAGCUGGGAGGGGACGCAGCCAGGACAGCUGACCCAAACUGGCCAAAGGGAUAUUCCAUACCAUAUGACGUCAUGCUCAGUAUAUAACUAGGGGGUUGGGCAGGAGGCAGUGUGGCUCAGGAACAGCUGGGCAUCGGUUCUCGGUGAACCAAGCACAUAUCUGGGUCUCCAAGACACAAGAGUUUGAAGAAGAUGCACUUCAUCAAGAACAUGAGGCAGUAUGACACCAAGAACAGCAGGAUAGUGUUAAUCUGUGCUAAACGAACACUGUGUGUAGCUUUUUCUAUCCUACCUUACGGGGAGAGUUUACGGAUCAGUGAUUUAAAAAUGGAAGGACAGAAGCAACGACAUCCUUCUGGCGGAGUUUCAGUCUCCACUGAGAUGGUGCUUGGCCUGGAAGGAGUAGAGUUGGGUGCUGAUGGCAAGGUUGUGUCCUAUGCAAAAUUCUUGUAUCCAACCAAUGCCCUAGUUGUUCGCAAAGCUGACAGCCAUAGUGCUGUUUCCUCAUGUCGAGCUAGUGCUUCACGGAGUCUUCCUGGAUCAAGAUAUAAACCUGUGACAGCAAAAACGAUACCAGCAGGAACAGACAUUGGAAGUGAAGCUGGGGAAGCCACAGAGUAUGAUCCAAAUCUUCUGGAUGAUCCUCAAUGGCCCUGCGGAAAACAUAAACGUGUUCUCAUCUUUGCCUCGUACAUGACCACAGUCAUAGAAUAUGUGAAACCCUCGGACCUUAAAAAAGAUAUGAAUGAAACCUUUAGAGAGAAGUUUCCUCAUAUCAAGUUGACACUGAGCAAAAUUAGGAGUUUAAAGAGAGAGAUGCGGAACCUGAGUGAAGAGUGCAAUCUGGAGCCAGUUACUGUCUCCAUGGCUUAUGUUUACUUUGAGAAGCUCGUCCUCCAAGGCAAACUCAACAAACAGAACCGCAAACUGUGUGCUGGUGCUUGCGUUCUGCUUGCAGCCAAGAUCAGCAGUGAUCUCAGGAAACAUGAAGUUAAACACCUUAUAGAUAAACUAGAAGAAAGAUUCAGAUUCAACAGAAGAGAUCUCAUCGGUUUUGAAUUCACCGUCCUUGUAGCUUUGGAACUGGCUCUCUAUCUUCCUGAAAACCAAGUUUUACCUCAUUACAGACGGCUCACACAACAGUCUUAACCAAAGCUAUGUUCCAGCUGAUGGCCAGUGGCGCUGGGGAUCACAUCACCAAACGCUGCUGGUGAAGUUGCCACUGGCUUUUCUGUGCUGCUGUGCGCAUCCUGCCGUGGCUACAGCUAGUUUUGAAGCCUGCAGUGUGUUGUUAAAGUGUCGAGGUGUGCAUUAUGGACACGUAUGCCAAGUCUGGGGGAUGGUACGAGAAGAGUUAUUGAACUUUAUUUUCUUUUGGACAUUUAAAGCACAAAUAUUCACCAGUCAGCUGUCAUGGCUGCUUAUUAUUCGUUAUUUAUCUUUUCAGUUUUACUAAAACUGUUCUUCCCUAUGAAGAAUACUAUUGCAUUGUCUGGGUUUUUUUAAGCCUUUAUUAUAUUCCUUGAAACUAAAGGAAGCAUCACUUCCAUUCCAAUGCACCAUAAAGUUCAGAUGUUUCUAAGAAUCUUCUUGCAUUUUUACAUUAAUGAAAUGCAUACUUUAUUUUUUUAAAGAUGUGCCUAAAACUGGCUGGUCUGGUACCAGUGCUUUUUAAGUUAGUUACGUUAUUUAGUGGGGAAUCCUGAAUUUGUAUAGCCAUUUAUUCUUUACCUGCAUUGGCCUUGCAUACAAGGAAAACCAAUUUCAGUAUAUCUGCACUAAUGAUACACAGGGCAUCUAGUCUAUACUAUAGAUCUGUAAGCAGCAAGAUUGCAAGUACUCCGUUCCAAUUUAGUUAACUAUUAAUACCUUUAAGAAUAUAUAUUUUAUUUAAAGUGGAAAGAUUGUUUGAAAGUCUGUCAUGAAAUACCACGUGUUGAACAAGGUAGCUGCAGCAAAUGAUUGCCAUCCUAGUUCACUCUUCAGCAGAAGAUGAGCCCUUGACUAAGAGCAGUUUGCUGUCAAAUGUAUCAUUUACGGUUCUUAUUUGUUUCAGUGUUCCAUAGUCUGAAAUAAGCACCUUUUUAGUACGACUGUAUUAAAUAUGGUCUUACGUGCUCUGAGCAAAUACUUCAGUCAGUACAGCUACUGCUGCCAAACUAAGCCAAUGAAACAAAGCAUGUUCGAUAUUUAAAAUGCUACUUUUUUACUCCGUUCUUCCAAGCAUUGUGUCACUGUGAUAGUCCUCAUGAAACUGGCAUUUGUUGCACAUCUGAACAGCCACCUAAUGGCUGGUGCCCAGCAGCACUAUGACGCUUGUGCAGAGGUUAAAUAACUUCUCUGACCAUUGGCUAUUCCUUCAUUUGUUUUUAAAUUAUCCGGGUUGGGAAUGAACUCUGAUUAUAUGUGGAAUCUUCUAUGAUACUGGCUCUUGGGUUUAUUUUCUGAAGCAAUAUUAUGAUACAAGUAACCGUAUCUAUUUGCAAGGAACAAAACUGAUGCUUGGCUGUUACAACUGAGAAAUUUGCCAUUUAAGUUUGACUUUUAAAUGAAAUACUAGACCUUGUACUGAGGUAAGGGACCUGCUAUCUAAUAUGUAAAGUAAUGUAAAUUCCUGUUCCUUGUAUUAAAUGUUGGUUGUAGCCAAAACCAAAGCUGAAUCUUUGAGUUUCAGCCGUGUUUUUGUUUGAAGCUAAUUUGGCUUCAUUAGAAUUGCAGCAAACUUUACCAGAGCCCCUUUCUCUUUAAGUAGGGCUCAAAAUGUAUUUUUCAUAUAUAAUAAUUACGGUGACUAUCAAAUCUUUUGUAACUGUAUUCAGCUGUAUGUAGCUUCAAGUUAUUUGUGUAAAAUUUAAUAUGCUUGUGACUUCUCUGUAAUACAGAAGGACUUUCCAGCCUCCAUAAGUGAGAUGGUAGCUAAUAAAUUAGACAAUAAGCUUGCCAGUUAUCUUUCACCAGGUUUAAAAAAUUGCCUACUAGUUAAACUAUCUACUGAAUAUAACUGUCCUUGCAUGCAAGAAAUAGUGAUGUACUAAACAUCUAGUGUAUAAUGAGUCUUCAAAUUAGCAAACAGUGAUGAAGACAACUGAAGUGGUCCCCACCACCUAAGCUCAUGAGGGGAGGGGAGAGGGGUAGAACUGAGCAAAGAAAUUUCUCACACGGUAUCUCCAGAACUAGUAAAACACUUCGGUUAGUAUGAAUGAAAUGAGAAAAUGGCUUUCUCUGGGCACUUUUGUUUAGUGUAUAAAAGUGUUUUCUGUAACAAAAUUAACUUUCCUUUCUUGCCAUCUAAGGAAAAAAAAACGCACUUUGGUUUGCAACACUUUGCAGUCUCUAUUCAGUGGAAGUUUGUCUGGUUGCAGUGGGCAUUUGGGCUGGAGUUGCACUCCCAGAAGCUGUGGUUGGUUUCUCGUCAUAAACCAGCAAGCUUUUGUUUCCUUUUUCAGAAGAACAAAUUACGAUAAGGAGCAUUAAAUUACAGAAUGCUGAAUGUUGUCUAAAAGUUGCUCUAAAUGUUGGCUUGGGGCAUAUGCAGUGUUCUCCAGCUCAAAAGCUGUUUGGAGCACAGGCCAAAAACAACUUGGUGGAGUGAACGCUGCCCUGAUGUCUUUGGUAGAACAUGGGUUUGGGGCCGAUGCCAUCCAGAGGCGCAGUCUGUGGCUUGUACAUCGGUACCACUGUUGUGGUAUCUGUGCAGAAAUAGUCCUUCUGCAGAGAUAUGGAUACUUGUGUGUGUUUGUGUUGAUUUUUCUAUUUCUAGAGUGUAGCUUACAGCCCUGUGUGGGAAUAUUUCUCUCUUCACCUAAAAGCUGCCACCAUGUGGCAAAGGACUAUUACUACGUUACCAAUUAAUAAACUGAAAGUGAGACCUACAAUACUACAUGGAUCUGCUGGCUUUACCUUUUCACAGCCCAACUCCUCUUGCUUUGCAGAGGAACGCUGGUUUACGCCGAGGGGUGGUCAGACGCUGUGGAGCGUGUAAAGAUGCUGCUGGAUUGACUCAGCACGGACAACUCUCUUGAUAAGAGGCUGUACAUUUUUAUGUAAACAAUACUGUUCUGGUUUUGUCUUACUCCAUUAUUUAAAAGAUGAGUUGUAGCCUGUUCCAUUUUUUUUUCCUGUUUUUCCCAUGAACUUGUGAAAUUAAGAUGCUGUGAAAUAAAACCUGUUUUGAUACGUGUUUUGUAACCAAA